GAGGACAGUGCCGUGCGCCUGGAGACUCGCUCGCAUUGAACGUGAAGCCGAAUCGGAGUUAUGUACCGCGCUCAGACCGUCUCGAGUGCGGGUAACAACUCACUGAUGUACUGCUACAACGUGAAGCCAAUUUAUGGUCAGUCUCCUAAUGACGACAUCAACCAGAACUCUUCUCCACAUCCGUCCAGUAAGGGCAACAGCAGUCUGUUUGCCAGCACAUUUUUUGAGGGGACGACCAAUUCGCCCGACAUCUGGAGCGCCGUAAACGGGCUGAACCAGCAGGGCUAUGAAGGGGCACUGGGAGCGGCCACGUCCCUGCUCUCUCAGUCGGGGAGCUACGGCGGCAUGCAGCACCACAGUCACCUGGACUACUCUCCACAUUCGGUGAUGGCUGCUGACUUGAACAGGGGCCUCCCACCGAUGUCCUCUUUUCACCGCAACAACACAGCAUCACGCAAUACAAUUAGUGCUACAGAUAACUCCACAGGUAACCAGGGAAGUUCACAAACAGGAGACACUUUGGGCAAAGCUCUGGCCUCUAUAUAUUCCCCUGAUCACACCAGCAGCAGUUUCCCCUCCAGCUCAUCAACACCGGUCCGGUCCCCCUCUCCUCUGACCAAUGCUGCUGAGCCUGCAGGUACAAAUACAUGGCCACAGAGUUCUGUUCAAUCUCAGGUCUCACCACAUUAUGAGUCUUCACUAAUAUCACUGUCUCAGGUGGAGGACCGUCUGGAUCGGCUGGACGAUGUGAUCCAUGUCCUGAGGAACCAUGCGGUGGGCCCAAGAGCAGAUGUCCCAGGGCUGCUCUCCCCCAGCCCCCACCCACCCCAGGGACCGGCCUCCUCCGCCAGCUCCCUGCCCCUCGCAUGCCACACUCCCACCAUGGUGGAAGCCAUCGCAAUGAACAACAACCAUCAGAGUGCUUUCCAAAGCCAGAAUGGACACCCAUAUUCAGGGAGACAGAGGCUGGUGAUGCAGCACAUGCAAGGAGCCAACCGAGGUGUCCCGGGAGUGCAGGGUAAUUUGGAGCUGAAAAUGGAGAAUGGAGAGAGGGAGGACAUGAUGCACACCAGCCACAGCUCAGACAGCCAGAGGUCAGACGACGAGAGCGAACACAAAGCAGGCGAAGGCAGGAACAGUAUCCACGAGGACGAAGAUCUGAGUCCGGAGCAGAAAGCAGAGCGAGAACGUGAGAGGAGGAUGGCCAACAAUGCCCGGGAGCGUCUGAGGGUUCGGGACAUCAAUGAGGCGUUCAAGGAGCUAGGACACAUGUGUCAGCUGCACCUUAAGAGCGAGAAGCCCCAAACCAAACUGCUAGUGCUGCAUCAGGCUGUGGCCGUCAUCCUGAGUCUGGAACAACAAGUCAGAGAGAGAAACUUGAACCCAAAAGCAGCCUGUCUUCGGAGACGAGAGGAGGAGAAGGCUGCGAUAAUGUCCGAUCCUCAGUCCAUGCAUUUAGCUUUCCACCCUGGACUCACAGACCCAGGGAACCCAAUGGGCCACAUCUGAAGACAAACAAGGCAUUUACAUUUGAUUUAGCUCACUAUUCUUGUCUUCUUGUUUAGCUCUACAGUAUUGGCUCAUGUGUUGUGUUUUUCGUACAGAUACAUAA